UGACAAAAUACAAUAUUAAUGCUAAUCCCAUCCAACAAGUGGCUCGACCGUUUCGUUGGCGACGCCGUUAACAGUGGCAGGCCAGCAACCCGUUUUGUUUUGUUUUUUUCUUUCUCUUCGCCGUUAUUUUGUGUACCCCGCGCCCGCUGUCAUGCACAACCUCACGCACCCUGUCCAAACCUCGGACCGUAACAAACUGCGUAUGGAACGCCUCAGGCAAAUAGAGCUCGAACAGCAGCAAUGGGAGCAAGAAGCCCUCGUCAUGCCCGAGGCUUGGGACCAACUGUUGUUGGCAACUUUCGAGUCAGUCAAGACAGAAUUCAGUGACCUGGACGGAUUGUCUUGGUCACGGUACUGUGAUCCUCUCGUUGCUGAUUCCGGGGCUUGUGGAGAAGCAACGCCGCUGCCCAUGUGCAGUGAGCACGGCAAGUCCUCUGCAGUGCCGGGCUGCACUCGCCGGUCCGAUAGACCUUCACAGGUCUAUACUGUGCAAUCCUGUUCAGAGCUGGCCUCGAUCGGGCCCGGGGGUACCGUCCGAGCCCCUCAGCAUAGCACCUCGCACACCUCGCUAUGCUCGGCAAAUCAGUUUAAUGAUUUUUCCAAUGCAUCAUCGUCGACGAACGUUUCUCGGAUCCAUAAUUAUCACCACACCUCGUCGUCAAGUCACAGUCAGGAUUCGACUACAUAGAUGAGCGGCACCUUUGCGCCGCCCCCACAUUAAGGGCGCCUUGAAGCGCCCCUGAUAACACUCCAGGAUUUAGUUAGGCUUAUGGGCUCAUAACACGUUUUGUAUUUCUAUUGCUGUAUUUGUAUAGACUUCGAACAAUCGCAG